AUGUCCUGCUAUGAUCUGUGCCGUCCCUGUGGCCCAACCCCUCUGGCCAACAGCUGCAACGAGCCCUGCAUCAGGCAGUGCCAGGACUCCCGCGUGGUGAUCCAGCCCUCGCCCGUGGUGGUCACCCUGCCCGGACCCAUCCUCAGCUCCUUCCCCCAGAACACCGCUGUGGGAUCCUCCACCUCCGCUGCUGUUGGCAGCAUCCUGAGUGAGGAGGGAGUGCCCAUCAACUCCGGGGGCUUCAACCUCUCUGGCUUUGGUGGCCGCUACUUCAACAGAAGGUGCCUGCUUUGA